AUGCAUACCCAGUUUGAUAUUGAUAGGGAGACUGCUAUCAGGGUUUCUUUGACCCAAGGGCGCAGGCACAGUCAUGGGUUUCUGAGGCACAUUCAUCCCCACUGGCAGCCCUUACAAGCUGAAGCUGGGGAGCUUGCCAGGAUGGAGGCUGUGCCUCUGUCGCAGCUGGGCGACGUUCUGACACACGAGCUUGGGGGCCCGGCGGGCGGGGGUCAAGCCUGGGUGUCUGUUGAGCGCGGGCGGUGCAGUCUCAGGAUCUGCGCGCAACCUUUUGAGUGGUGGCUGAAAGCAAUUAUUGAGGCGGCCAAAGCAUGGGGAGAGAAGGUCAUCGAUGAGUCCAACCCAGACCUGCAAACAGCGGAUUGGCUCGCUCAGAUGACGGCAAAGCACGUGGAGCUCAACCCGAUUGUGGCGGCUUUCAUCGGGAUCCUUAAUGACACCAUUGGGCACAGUUUCCCCAGGUCCAAGGCCAAGACGGACCCUAGCACUGUCCCCGCCUACUUCCCGGGACCCGCCGAUGCGUACGCUGGCCGCACCCAGAGCAUGACGCUAGACCAGCUGGUCCACGUCCUCCAGUCGAUCUUCGACUUCAUCCAAGCGACGCACUGGGGGCGGCAGGACAUCAAAGACCUCCGCGACGCGCUCGUCGCGGCGGCGUGGCACCCGUUGGCCAGCAGCGUGGGCACGUGGGCCGGGCUCAACUGCUGCUUCGAGGCGCUGGCGAAAAGGGCCCGGGACGCUGGGUACGGAGACCGGGGGAAAGCGGGGCUCAAGAAAGCGGGCCCUAACCGGGACUGGAGGGCCGUCGGUCCGGACGGUCCGCACGAGCUUUGGAAGAAGAAGAAGAAAUCCGAACAGGGGUCGAAGGACGAGGUCCUGCCCGCGGGGGAGGUGUUGCGAGAGGAAGAGGCGCGUGACGAAGAGGGGCGAGAAGGGGGGAGUGGGACGAAGCGUGCGAGGGGCGUGCCGCGAGCGAAGGCGACCCCGUCCGGCGGGGCAGGGCGCAAGAACGGGCGGACACCGGGCGGUCGGAAGCGGGCAAUGGUGCACUUGGCGCGACAAUCGAGCGGGCGAGCAGCGCGCGGCGGGCUGCCCUCUCUAGUUGCCGUCCCGGCUUACGGCGGUGCCGGUACGCACUCGACUGUCGCUAUCGGGGACGAUCCCGGGGGCCUGCAGCCGGCCGACUUGAAGGAGUUGGACGAUUUGGACGAGUUUCUGGGCAGCGUGUCCUCGGACCUGGAGAAAGGGGCGUUUGACGGCCUCCCAAUGGACGGCGAGCGGACGCGGCUUGAUUUGGACGGAGACGAGAAUGGAGGUCAGGGAUGGGGGUCGCAGCCGGCGCGCGGGUCGCCCAACCGUCCAGGCGCGGGCUCGGAGGCGAGCAAUUUGCUCCAUGGGGACUCAGCGAAUGGCGCACCGGCCAGCUCAGGAGAGUUUCCCUCACGGGGUUCCGGCGGUUUGCAAUUCCCCGAGCCCGAUAACCUCUCCCCCGGUCGUUUCGGAGGCAUCGACGCCCUUCCUGUCUACCUGCCCGGAGAUUUGGUCCGCACGACUCCCGUGCCGGACCCUCGCAGCAUGGAGAUGUACGGGGAAUUGUCCGGUCCGGCGGCCGUCGGCGUCGGGCGUGACGGGGCGCGCCUGUUGCCAAAUCAGUGGGAGGAGUUCUGGCGAGCAGAGUCCCCGGGCAACGGCGGGUUCCCCGCCCCAGGGUUGGAGGGCCGUCCUUUGUACCACAGUGUUUAUUCGGGUCCGGCAGUUCCCGCAGCCGAUGUUUUCUUGGGGCGCGCACGCGACGAGGCCGCGCAACAGAACUUCUCCCCCACCCACCUCGUUGCCGCGGGAAGCCAGACCCUGUUUACCGACAACUUAGUCUCGCCGGGGGCUACGAGUUAUGUGGGCCAGUACCAUGGCGUGGCUCCCUAUGCCCCGGGCCAGACCCCUCCUUCACCGGGCGGUCUAUAUUCGAGGGAUCCCCCCCACGCCGUUCCCUUCCCAGGUGCUCCAAACUCCGUGCGCAGCCAAGUGCAUCCCUCUCAGGCGACCCACCUUUGGCACCCCAACCAAGGGGUUCCUCCUCGAGGCGACCUUUACCCCCCCUCAGCAAUGCCGCCAGCGGGGGGGUCCCCUCAGUGGUACCACCAGCAUCAACCGACACCCCCAGGGCACCAGUUUUUGCAUUCUGCGGGGCCUGGCAACGACUGGAAUUCCGUUCACCCCUCGCAAACCGGGUGGGCGGAACCCCCGGUUCACUCCCCCGGGUCAGGUUACGCCAGUCCGGCCGCCACCGUGCACUCUCACUGGGGAGCGUCGCAUUCCUCCACGUGGCAACAACCGGAGGGAUCUGGUGCCCAGCCUAUGGUGGUUCAUCGCGGGAAGGUGCCGCCACGAGCUGCCGCGCCAGUUGCCGCGUCAACUCCCUCGAAGCUUACGAGCCUGAUCAACACGCUCCUUCGCAGCAACCCGAAGCCGGUCAUCCCGAACCCGGGUGUCGUCUCAGACCGCCACUUCGCCACAGGGGGGGCCAAUUUCCAUGCUGCGCAGCACCCCCCCAUUCAUACCGGGCACUCGGGGUCGGCGCUCGUGCGCCUGGAGCAGCAGGUGGAUCCGCGAGGGGUCCAUUCCGCCCAGUUCCGCCGGAGAAACUCGUUCGGGAGGGACCCCUCUGCUCGGUCGCCGGGAGUGGGGGGCACUUACUGGGCUCCGCAGCCCCCCCAUCUGCACCCGGUGCCCGCGAAGACGGCGCUCUUGCGGCCAGAGCGGCAGAUCGAGCCCAGCGACGUGCAUUCCGCCCAGUUCCGCCGGCAAGUUUCCGUUGUGAGGUCGCUCUCCGCCCGCUUCCGCCGGAAUGCGUCGAUGAAGAGGGCCUCGAACCCGCCCCGAGGACGAGAACUAGAGGGGGAGGAAGAGUUGGAGGCGGAACUUGCCGCCCUCGUCAAGAUUUUGAAGCUGGAAGACUACGCGACCGAGCAUCCUUGUCCCAGAGCCAGAGGAAUCCCUCUGGGACGCGGACGCCACGCGGCAGGUGCGGACGGCGACAACGACGAGGCAUCGGACGGCGCAGAGGGUAACGAAAGGUCGGACGAUUCGGACACUGACGAGUCCGAGUGGGAAUCGGACGCUUCAGGCGACGAGUCGGACGGGCCCUGCGGCACCGGGCCGACGGCAGGCAGCGCUGUCGUCACAAGCGAAGAUAAGUCUUCCAGAUCCCCGGACGGGACGCACGCCGGUGCUUACGGCAGUGCGCACGUCCCCGGGGAACGGCCCCCGGUCACCCAUCGCCAGGCGCCUCAAGCUGCGCCUGGGACCGGGGCAUGGAAGAUUGGAACCGGUGCGACAACCGCGCCCAACUGGGACAGCCCCCCGAGCACCUCCGCUCCCGAGCUCCUGCGGAGCUGCCAGGCGGAGCCCAAACCCGGAGUCCGCUUGUCUUCCCCGGGGGACCGCAACCGGGACCACCCGGCCGCUUCACUCUACAAGGUGCAAACCAGCGACGUGGGCGAAGUGCCAGAGGCAAGGAAGAGUUUGUCAGCAGCAGCGGCAGCCGACUUUCCGGCUGACGGAACCAUGAACGGAACGACGGCAUCGGCGGACCUCUCGGGGACGCACCACGGGCGGUGGGCUCCCGCACCAGGAGGGGCGCCGAAGAGAGUUUACGCCGAGCGCGGGCAAAAGCGCGCGUACGGACAUAAGCGGACGGAUAGCCCGUCCAGCGUGCUUCCCCCCGUGGCUGCAGAGCUCUUCCAGCCAGGGAAGGAAAUUGUGAUGCAAGCAACGGGCUAG